AUGGCCAGCACGUCCUCCGUAGUGCGCGCAGCCGCCCUGCGAUCACGCACCGCUCCCGCGGCGCGCGGCAUCACCCUCGCGAGCGCGUUCUCAACUCAGGACCAAGAACCUUCGCCCGCAGCGCCACGCCAGCCGACCCAGGCCGUGUCGCCGCAACAGCCCUCAGACGCCGAUGCCAGCGCUGCACCGCGCGAGCGCGGCCGCGUCCUGGUGUACCCGGGCACAGCGAGGACCUGGGGCCCCGUCAUGACCGCGCUCAAGGUCGGCAGCGCCACGUGCACGGCGGGGUGCUUGGCGGGGUCGGCCGCGCUGCUUGCGUCGGGCGCCGGCGCGACCACGGCGGCCGCGCUGUCCGCGCCCGGGACGUGGCAGUUCGCGGCCGUCGAGGCGGUCAUUCCCACCGUGUGCUCGCUCUCGGUCGCGGCGACCCUCCUCGUUCACCAACUGUUCAGAGGAUACAUUUACAGGAUGACGCUGGACAUGGAGAGUGGCGACGUGCACGUCGUGACGCGGGACGUGGUCGGGCGAGCGAGGGUGGCAGCGCUGCACACGUCCGAGAUCGAGCGCGGGAGCGGGGAGGAGCCGCCGCUGCUGCUCCAGGGCGACGCAGGCGUUGGCGUCACCGCGCACGUUCAAGAGGGGGCGGAGACGAGGAAGGAGGGGCUGUUCUUGGAGAAGGAGGCGCUAAGGGGGAUGCCGUGGCUCGUGGACGCCCUCUGCCGGCGCGGGGAGGGCGAGGGACGGUACGGCAUGGGCCGGGUGAUGACGUUGAAGCGUGGGCAGAUCGUGGUGUCGGAGGGACGCACGAGCACGCCGUGGGCGGCGCUGGACGACAAGCUGGCGCUCACGCAGCGGGAGCUAGGGGUGUAG